UCUGCAGUAUCAGACAGUAUCCACAGUAGAUUUAGUUAAUAAUGAUCUGUAUGAAAUUCUUCUACGUGUUUGUUCAUGUUCACUUUUGGAAUGCGCUCACAUAUUUUCUCUGAUCUGCAGCUGCGAACCCUCGUACAGCGGGCCACGCUGCAUGUUUGUGGAACCAAUUCGUGGUGUUACUUUGCUUGAUGUAGAGCAAGUCAUUGGCAUUAUUUUCGGGGUGUUCAUACUCAUCAUAUUUUUGGUGAUCGCAUUUUACUUCUUUGUCUACAAGAGGUGAGUAUCCACAGGUUUUCGCGGUGUAAUAAAGUAUGCAGGAAUAGUGGCAGUUCCAUUUCUGAUGUUGUUUUUGUGUUUCUGUUUUCAGGUGUACAGAAUCGACGGUGCCAAUAAAAUAUACACCUGCUAAGACCUCGGUGUGAACUCUGCAGCUCACAUUUGCUCAUGCACCACCAUCUUCAACAUUUCCCCUUUCAAGAAAAGACAAACCACAGCAUUUCAUAAGAGUGAAUCAUUUGCAAGUCUACAAAACAAAUAAUAUGAUGUAUAAAAAGAAAAAAAUUGCCUUUGACAACAUUUAAAUGGAAACACUUGACUGUUACAAGAGGUUAUUAACAAGGAAAGAGCAAGCUCUAUCAAAUCUAACGUUAUUUUUUUAACGAUUGUUUUAUUUUCAUGUAAAGAAUAAGAAUGAAAAUUUGUAUAUAUUUAUUGCAAAAUUAUGUUAAGUAAAUUAUUAUAAAUUAUUAUUUUCUUGUAUUUAAAGUUUAUUUUUUAAUUAAUUACAAAAGAUAUUUGUGUUAUUUGAAUUUCACUUUUUGCUACAGCCUUUUUACAAUAAAUAUAUUUUUGCUUUGAUAAUUGUGCGUGCCAAAUAUUUGACAGGAGAUACUCCAUUACCAUUUUGAUAAGGUAAAGAAGAAUUUUUAAAACUGCGUAAUUCCUGUUUGAGUUUCACUUAUUAAGCUUUUGAAACGAUAAUGCUCACUGAUCCCCAGACAAACUGUAAAUGAGCCAUUUAUUAAGCCUAAAAAGGCUGCCCAAAGUCUAAUUAAACAACAGGUUAACUUGUAACACGAUGCUGUGAAAGGCUAAACAUGCUUGAACGGCAUAUUUAGCCAUGAAAUAUGAUGAUAAACCGGUCCCAUUCUUAAACGGAGUAAAUAAGCCCAAAGUACAGUAAAGGGUAUAAGAAAAGUUCGGUAAUUUUAAUUAGCAGUGAUUAAAGCUGAGAUUAAUAUACGAGAACAGGAAAAAGGACAUGAAGAAUAAAACUAUAUUUGGACUGCAUAGCUAAUAAAUGCUCAAACAGGCGACCUGGCCUGGACUUCUGCCAAAUGAGUGUACCACCUAACUCCUUUACUCCAGAUAAUAUAUCUGCAAUAUAUUUAUAAUGCAGCCUUCACAUAUGUAUCCAGUUACCUAUGCCAUGUACGCUAUAUAAUAGCCCUAUCCCUGUCAUGUUACAGAACAAUUUUCCACUCACGCAAAUAAGCUUUUAUCAGUUUGGGCGUUUCAUAGGGUGUCUUACUACUUUUCAAAUGAUGUGGGAUUUAAAUGGUUUGCUGACAGCUUUUUGUUUAGUUUAUAUUUUACUGUGUCCACACUUUUGUCGAUAAUGAUACUUACAAACGCAGCAAGAGCCAGACUGCAGAAGAACAACAUAUUAUAAGUGGGUUUUUUUCUGCUGCGAUUUAUCGAUCUACAUAAAAAAUGAGAUGUAUCUAUAAAAAGUCACUUUGAUUGGGGCUUUUUUUUUAUUGUGCUGUUACUAGCUUUAAUCAGUUAUCUGAAAAUUUCUAUUACAAUCCGCCUUUUAUUAUCAACAAUAAAAACUCCUGUUUUAUGGAAACCGGUGAGGACAGACAUUCUCGGGUCUGUCCUUUCAUUGAAACCGCUGAGAGGUGAAAUUAUCUAAAUUACAUGAGUCUGACACCACACCCAAACCGCAGGAGUAAAAGCCCACUGGUUUCCUAUUUUCAAAAGAAACGUCACCUGCACCUUUACCUGACAGUUAUUACUCGUCCUGCUCGUCCUACCAGCGAACGAUCGACUGAGAUGGGGAUCAGCAAACUGUCAGUGCUCCUGUCAAUUAUCGGUGUCAUGAUGAUCUGGCCGUAUGUACUCACCCAGAGUGCAUCACCCAGAGUGCCGUCUGCAGAUGGUGCUUCUUUGCCUGCAGGCCAGGGAGAAAAGCAACAGCAUGUGGUUAAGUGGUCGAUGCAGAACUGUGAAAGCGCAUAUGACAACUACUGUUUGAACAACGGCCAGUGCAUACUGCUCGUGGACAUCAAUGAACACCACUGCAAGUGUGAGACAGGCUUCAUUGGUUCCAGGUGUGAGAAACUGGAACUUGUUUUGGGGCCAGAAGGUGAAAAGCAAAUAAUUAUCAUCAUUUUCUUCAUGAUUCUGCUGAUUAUUGGAUUGGCUGGAGCUCUGUACCUUUUCUGCAGAUGGUAUGAGAAGAAUAAUUUUCGACGUCAGCUGAAGCGGCAGGGUUACAAAGGAGUCGAGAUGGCUUAGAGCAUUUCACGCUCUCUUGCAACAUCCACUGCUGGAAAAGACAAAUCAAGAUUUCUCCCAGUUUUCUAAAUGAAAAUUUCAACAUAUCAAGAACAUCCUGGCAGUUCAGUGGCUAGCUUAGUAAAUUGUUCCUGCCUCCUUUACACUGUACGUCACGUGGCUUUAUCAAGCAGGCAGAUCACCACAAAGAGGUUAUAAUGGUCAGCUUUGUGUGCGGUGGGAUUGUUUUCCAGCUGCACUGGUUCCAAAGUUGCGGCACCUGUUACACUCAGUUUGAAAAGAUGAAUAGUUAGGCACACAAAAACAGUUUCUGUGGGUGACUCCGCCCACACGAUACUGAAAAAUUAAUGGAAAAUAAACAAUUGUGAAGCGGUAACUAUAGUAACUUGUAACGCAACAAAAAAAAAAAAAUGUUGCUCCGAAUUUGCUGAUAACUAGCAGAAUUGAUCAUAAUCAAUAUAAUAAUGUAGUUUCCUCACUUUGGGAUUUCUGUUUUUUGCUAGAAUGCAAGUCUAAUUUUAGAAUAUGAAAGGCUUUUCUGUGGUUCAGUGAGGCUGUGUUAUCUUUUGAAUCAACCCACUCUCAGAUCCUAAAAUAGAACUGGUUAAAGAUGCUUUGUUUGUCUUCCAGUCCUGUCUACUCUGACUUAACAUCCUAAAAAACAGAUUAGGACUGUUUACACUGUGGUUUGAACUUUGCCUUUAAUUUAUGCUUGUGCCUAGCUUUUAGCUUUUAUUAGAUAUCAUUUUUUUGUCUUGCACAAAAUCAAAAUGGCCACUGUUACUAUUAUGAUGAUGUGC